CCCUAAUAACAAUUGAAUUAAAAAUAAUUUGGGUAAGAAAUACUUUCAUUAUCAUGCGUUCAAGGGGACAAAAAGGGCUUUAAUCAUUUAAUUUUUGAUUACUAACUAUAUUUUGGUGCGGAAAUAAUAAUUAAAAUAUGAAUGAUCCCAACAAAGCGAUCAGUGUUAAUUUGUCUUCGCUUUUAAGUUUAAAAGCUGAACUGCUACGUAAACAGGCUGAGGUAAACAAAGCAAAGGCAGCCCAAACAACCAAUCAGCAAAACGAAUAUACGUCGAAAAAAUUGGUCCACCAAACUUCUACCAACGUUUCCGUUGGUGACACCAGCAUCAGAAAACGGGAUAAAAAGAUUCGAGCCAAAGAGGUCGGAAAGCUUGAUGAUGUUACUGUUUACGAACAUGAAGAUUCAGAGUUGUUGGAGAAAUCGAAGCGCGUGCUGGAAGCAAAAAGCAAAUUCUACGACCGCAUGACGCGCACCGGAGGUCAACUUAAUUCAGACGAUAAUUGUUUAGUGUUGUUUAAUUGUAAGCAUCAGGACGAGCGUGUAAAUGAUACAUUUACGAACGAGGAGGUUGACCAAAUUGAAGUAAACGCGAAUGUGCCUAAAGAUAGUGAUUCAGAUAGUCAGACUGAAAGUGACGAUGACAGGGGGCUGGAUGAUGAAGCAGAGUGGGUGGAAUAUACUGAUUGUUUGGGACGUACUCGAAAAUGUCUCCGUCAAGACCUGGAAGUGGUGAAAAAGCGUGACGCAGAAUUGGCCGCUAGUAUGCCGGAGCGCUUGGAUCAAUCUAAAGCUAAUUGGAUGAUUAAUACCAAGGGAGCUUGUGAUGUAAAUGGAGAAGACGAAGAUGUAACAAUCGGUCCCAUACCGAGUGUAAGUGUCUUCGGCGAUGGAAUUUCCAUUAUGUCAAAACAUGAUGAGCAACGCGCCAAUUGGGAACGCAAAGAGCAGGAAAAUAUCGAUAAAACAGAUGUACAUUAUCAGGAUGUUUUCUUCGAUGAGGCACGGCAGCACGGUGUCGGCUAUUAUGCAUUCUCAACAGAUGAAGAGGAGCGUAUGAAGCAACAAAAAGAAUUAGAAGAAUCACGAAAACGCACUAUAGAAGAGCAGAAGCGACGUGAUGAGCUUCGAGCACAACGAGAAAAAAUUAUUGCAGAACGUGUACGUGCCGCUAAGAACCGACAACGAGCGCGUCUUGGAUUGCCACCACUAGAGGAGGACGAACAAAAAGAUAAUACUGUAAAUAUAGCGCAAGAAACCAAAGAAGAACGUAAAGCGCGAAAAAAGGCCAAAAAAUUAGAACAGAAGCAACAGAAGGAAGAAAAACAACGUGAAUUAGAGCGCAAAAAUCACGUGCGCCCAUGGGAUAAAGAUAAAGAAUACGCUAAGGGCAGCUCUAAAGUCACAGACGAUGAAAAAUCAGAACCCAAAUGGGCAUAUAAACCAGAGCGCUUGCCCAUGUCGCAAGAGGAGUGGAAUGAAAAGAAAAGAGCUGAGCGCAUCACAGAAUUUGCGCCCGUCAACCUUUUGUCUGAGCCGCAAUGCCAACCAAAACGUACAAAUUUCAAAAGUAUGCCGCCGCCACAAGAAUCACUUGCCCCCGAUAACUACAAUCUAACGUUGCCGGCCGAUAAUUUCGCUAGCCGCCAGACAUCGCGAAGGAAUAGAACUUUUCAACGCCGCAACUAUGAAGCGACGAAUGAAGUCACCGACGAUAUGGAACUAAAACGUUCCGGCGCUGCCAUACCGCCUCCAGUGGACCUAGAGUACGUUUCAUCGCCGCCUGCUAAAAAGUCAAAAUCCGGCAUUGAACUCGAACGUUCAAUCGAGGCAGGUCUACGCUUUCUACGCGACAAUUGCGAUAAAGGCAAUUUGACCACGAAAUCCAGUUGGACCGCAAAGGCAGAUUACUAAAGGAAUAUACAUUUUGUUGGUACCCUAAUGAAUAAAGAAUAAAUAAUGGAAAAUGUAUUGAUAA